AUGGGGGAUAUGACAAACGACAUCAAGCUCCUCAAGGGCAGCAGCCAUGGGGAAUUGUCCGAGAAGGUCGCUCAGCGACUGGGCAUUCCCCUUGCGAAGACCAUGAGCUUGAACUACUCCAACCAAGAGACGAGCGUCCGCGACGAAGAUGUCUUCAUCGUCCAGUCCAGCGAGCCCGGCAACAUCAACGACGGGCUCAUGGAGCUUCUCAUCAUGAUCCACGCCUGCAGAACCGCGUCUGCCCGCCGAAUCACCGCCGUCAUCCCUUGCUUCCCUUACGCUAGACAGGACAAGAAGGACAAGAGUCGUGCUCCGAUUAGCGCCAAGCUUGUCGCGAACAUGCUGCAGGUUUCCGGCUGCAACCACGUCAUCACGAUGGACCUUCACGCCUCGCAGAUCCAGGGAUUCUUCAACAUCCCCGUCGACAACCUGUACGCCGAGCCGAGUGUCCUUCAGUGGAUCAGACAGAACAUGAACGUCGAGGACUGCGUCAUCGUCAGUCCCGACGCGGGCGGCGCCAAGCGUGCCACCGGUAUUGCCGAUCGCCUGGAGACCGGCUUCGCCCUCAUCCACAAGGAGCGCCCGCGCCCCAACGUUGUCGGCCGCAUGAUUCUCGUCGGAGACGUCACUGACAAGAUUGCUAUUCUGGUCGACGACAUGGCUGACACUUGCGGCACCCUCGCCAAGGCUGCGGAGACUCUCGAGACCGGCGGUGCGCGUGAAGUCAUCGCUAUCGUCACCCAUGGCGUCCUCAGCGGUAAUGCCGUCGAGACGCUCAACAAGAGCUGCCUGUCCCGCGUCGUCGUCACCAACACGGUGCCCCUCGGCGACAAGAUUGAGCGCUGCCCCAAGCUGCGCGUCAUCGACAUCAGCCAGGUCCUCGGCGAGGCCAUCCGCCGCACCCACAACGGCGAGAGCGUCAGCUACCUCUUCAACCACGUUCCCGUCUAG